CACAAAUCUGUCAAAUACAAACAAAAUAUCUUCAUCGGUUCAAUGAAAAUGAAUAUGAAAUAAAGAGAAUUUAAUCGAACCAGCAAGAGUAAUCGACUGUACAAAUGAACAAAAAUUACGAACGCUGUACCCAUUGUAAUCGUCGCAAAUGGCUAACGACGGGAUGUCUUCGAAAAUGGCUAAAACCAAUGGAAUGCAAACAUUUACAACGAACUAUCGAUACCAAAAGAGAUUACACUAAUGCUGACAUAGUUCAUUGUGUAUUUUUACCCGAACGAAAACCUGUGAUGAACCCUAGUAAGUUCGUAAAGUUUUGGAAAAACAAACUGUUUAUUUCCGGCAGUGUGAGAUCCCUCCAAAGAUAUUUCGGCAAUAAAAACAAUGAUGAGGAUCACAUAUGCAACAUUACAAAGAGCAAAUGUAGUGAACCCUCGACGUCAUUGGAAAAGAGUCCAGUAUCAAUUAUUGAUAGUGACGAUAAGAAAGUCGUUGAAUAUAAUAAACAAAUAAUGAAGUGUCAACAUUCAGAUGGUCACUCAGUUCUUAGAGGACACCAUCAACAUGCGUCACUUGAAACAUGUGCCAUAUACUGUCAGCUGUCCAAGCACGGAUGGUAUUGGGGUGGUAUAUCAUCUAGUGAGGCAGAAGAGCUGUUAGCAGGUCAACAUGACAAUGUGUUUCUGGUGAGAGACUCAUAUGACUCCCGUCAUAUUCUCUGUGUAUCUUUUCGCUGUGUGGGCCGCACUCUCCAUGCUAGACUCCGACAUGCAAAUGGACUAUUCUCGUUGAACAAUGAAACAUUUGUGCCAGCAAAUAGGAUAUCAGAGCAUUGUUCUGCUGUAGAUGUGAAAUCUAACCUUUUUGAAAUGCCAGUGAAGCUAGCAAGGCCAUUGAACAGAUUUGCAAGACUUGACUCACUUCAAAUGAUUUGCAGAUUUGUGUUACGGCAAACUGUCUCAGCGAACAUAUGGAGCAAAUUACCACUCCCGCCUAAUUUGAUCUCUUAUGUGUCCACAGGCAGUGACUACAUAGUCGUUUCAUAGCUCAGACAAAGCAAUUAUUGUGCCUUCAAAUGUUCAAUGUACCAAUAUUGUAAGCCUACUCAUACUGAACUAUAUCAAAAUGUAAAAAGUAUUUAUACAUUUUUAUACAAAAACAUAUUGUAUUUUAAUAUUAAUGACA